CAUAGGUAAAUGUGUGCCAUGGUGGUUUGCUGCACCUGUCAUCCCAUUGUCUAGGUAUUAAGCCCAGAAUGCAUUAGCUAAAUUUUCUGAUGCUCUUUCUCUCCCCACAUCCCCGACAGGCCCCAGUUGUUUCUCUCCCUGUGUCUAUGUUAAAACAUAUACCUUUUAAUAUGACUGCUAAAAAUGAUCAUUUCAGGGUCUUUAAUAUUGUGAAGCAUUCUUCACCUCCAUCAGAGAGCAAGGAAGUAUGAGCCAUGAGAACCUGAGCAGCGUGUCCGAGUUCCUCCUCUUGGGUCUCCCCAUCCGGCCAGAGCAGCAGGCCGUGUUCUUCACCCUGUUCCUGGGCAUGUACCUGACCACAGUGCUGGGGAACCUGCUCAUCAUCCUGCUCAUCCGGCUGGACUCUCGCCUCCACACCCCCAUGUACUUCUUCCUCAGCCACUUGGCUCUCACUGACAUCUCCUUUUCAUCUGUCACUGUCCCUAAGAUGCUGAUGGACAUGCAGACAAAGUACAAAUCGAUCCCCUGUGAGGAGUGCAUUUUUCAGACGUAUUUUUUUGUAUUUUUUACUGACCUGGACAGCUUCCUUAUUACAUCAAUGGCGUAUGACCGAUAUGUUGCCAUAUGUCACCUUCUCCACUACACUGCCAUCAUGAGGGAAGGGCUCUGUGCCUUCUUAGUGGUUAUAUCUUGGAUUCUGUCUUGUGCCAGCUCCCUCUCUCACACCCUUCUGCUGACCCAGCUCAUGAAGAGGGGGAACCAGAGCACCAUAUCUGAGUUCCUCCUCCUGGGUCUCCCCGUCCGGCCAGAGCAGCAGACCAUGUUCUUUGCCCUGUUCCUGGGCAUGUACCUGAUCACGGUGCUCGGGAACCUGCUCAUCAUCCUGCUCAUCCAGCUGGACUCUCACCUCCACACCCCCAUGUACUUCUUUCUUAGCCACUUGGCUCUCACUGACAUCUCCCUUUCAUCUGUCACUGUCCCAAAGAUGUUAAUGAGCAUGCACACUCAGGAGCAAUCCAUUCCUUAUGCAGGGUGUGUAACUCAGAUGUAUUUUUUCAUAUUUUUCACUGAUCUGGACAAUUUCCUUCUCACCUCAAUGGCAUAUGAUCGGUACAUGGCCAUCUGUCACCCCCUCCGCUACACCACUGUCAUGAAAGAGGGACUGUGUACCUUACUAGUAGCUGUGUGCUGGAUCCUCUCCUGUACCAAUGCCCUGACUCACACUCUCCCCCUGGCCCAGCUGUCCUUUUGUGCUGACAACACCAUCCCCCAUUUCUUCUGUGACCUUGCUGCCCUACUCAAGCUCUCAUGCUCAGACAUCUCCCUCAAUGAGCUGCUCAUUUUCACAGUGGGAUUGGCAGUCAUUACUCUACCACUAAUAUGCAUCUUGAUCUCUUACGGCCACAUUGGGGUCACCAUCCUAAAGGCUCAGUCUACCAAGGGGAUCUUGAAAGCCUUGUCCACCUGCGGCUCCCACCUCUCUGUGGUGUCUCUGUAUUAUGGCACAAUUAUUGGACUGUAUUUUGUCCCCUCGUCCAGCGCCUCCAGCGAUAAGGACAUAAUUGCCUCUGUGACGUACACGGUGGUCACCCCAUUGCUGAAUCCCUUCAUUUAUAGCCUAAGGAACAGGGACAUAAAGGGAGCCCUGGAGAGACUCUUCAACAGGGCAAUAGUCUUAUCUCAAUGACAUUUGUUGUUCUUUAUAGCAGACACAUGUAUCGACCUAUCUCCAGAUGAUAGAUCCUUAAUCCUGAUCCCAGCAAGGGAUAAGUGCUCAGUAACUCUUUGAUGACUUGAAUUGCAUUCU